AUGAACGAUCGUGAUUGCAUUAUUUGUGAAUUUACAAACGAAGGUGAAAGUUUGACAGUAGGAUUCCGGGCUUGGUUAUGUGAAAAAUUUAACGAUGAAGAUAUUGAAGAAAUCAUUAAAAGUGCACAAACAGUCACCAUAAAAUGGCCUUCAAAUGUAGAAGUUGUACCUGCAUCAAAAAUGCAGAAAAAGUUAAAGAAUUGUAUAUGGCAACAAUCAGUUGCUAAAAUUUUAGCACAUGGCGAUUGGACUAGUAUGUGUAAUAUUCGUGAAAACUGUAUUAAAUAUGGCAUCCCUAAUCCUUCUAAAGAAGAACGGAAACUAAUAAAAAAGAAAGUUACUGAUGAUUCCAGUGAUGAAGAAGAUAUUGUAAAAAAUAAAGCAAGUACUUCAAAAGAUGCAAACAAAGAAAGCAUUAUGUACAACAGAAAAAAAGAAAUGUUGUAA